UAACAAUUGUACAGAUGCGUCUUAUUCGAUUCUUUAUUAAUUGUUAGGAAUAUAAAUGCUUUGUGAAUUUGGUAGUUGUACGGAAGCAAUAGUUGCGUGAAGCAGCAUUGUACCACUCGUUCAAUUGACACCAUUGUUUUCUCCAUAAACGCCAUUGUAAUUACAUAAACUGAGAAGGGAAACUUCAGAAUCCCAUAACCAGCCAAUUUCUUAAAUCUAUAGCUAACUAAUACUCUUUUAGCACGGAGAGGUCGCGUCCUCGAUAUAUCUUGAUACACAUGCCAUCAAGGUGCAUAUCUCUGUGGCGUUCUCGAUGACGUUCUCCCCGCGUUCAUCAACCGAGCACUGACCUCCUCUAAAAACCAAGCUUCUCGUCUCCUUACCUACCGCCAACCGCCAUUCCGGCAUCACAACCCAAACCACACAACAAUGAGCCUCCUAAACCGCACCGCGCGCUGCGCGCGCACACUCCCCAACCUCUCCGGCCCCCCCUCGCGGCUCCAAUGCCUCCUCCGCUCCCCCGCCGCGCACCCGCCAUCACGUCAUCUCCAGCGCCGCGCCAUCAACUCCUCUCCCUCGCCCAGCUCCCACGAGCCCUCCACCGAAGAGCACAAGCGCCUCCGCGAGGCCGCCGAGGAGCGGAGACAGUACUACAAGCGCCGCAGCAUCUACAACGGCAUUGGGUUCGUGACGGGCAUGAUCGCGAUCUGGGUGAUCGCGACGUCCGUCGACCUUCCGAAGCCGACGAAGCUCGAUUCGAAGCCCUAUGAUGCGCGGAUGCAUGAUCCGCUGAUCGUGGUGGGCACGGAGCGCAAGGCGGUGGUGCAGAAGAUGGGGGAGGAGGCGGAGGAGAACACGGAUACGGUUGAGACGGGGACGAGUACGGUGCCGACUUUUCCGAGGCUGAUGCAGUUUGAUGAUGAGAAGAUCAGUGAGAAUGCGCAGGGGGAGGUGGCGAGUCCGACGGAGUAUCAGCUUAUGGGGUUGGGGAUACGGAAGGUUUCGUUCUUGAGCAUUCAGGUGUAUGUGGUGGGGAUGUAUGUGGCGACGGAUGAUAUUGCUCAGCUGCAGCGCACUCUGGUUAAGAGGAUUGACCCCAUUGCAACGACGCUCGUGGCGGGGGAGAAGGAUACCCUGAAGGAGAGGUUGAUGGAUCCGGAGGCGGGAGAGGAAGUGUGGAACCACAUCUUGUCUUCCACGAAAGUGCGGACGCUGUUCCGCAUUGUGCCGGUUAGAGACACAGAUUUUGGACACAUGAGAGAUGCGUACGUACGCGCCGUGACGGCGCAGGCAAGGAAGCACCCUGAAGAGUUUGGCGACGACAAGUUUGGACAAUCGGUUGCUGAGUUGAAGGCUAUGUUUGGACACGGCAAUGUGCCGAAAGGAAGGGAGCUGGUGCUUGCAAGGAACGGAAAGGGUGCUUUGGCGGCGUGGUUCGAUGAUGGCAAGGCUGGACCGCAGCGAUUGGGAGAAGUGGAUGACGAGAGGAUAUCCAGGGCGCUUUGGUUACAUUACCUUGCUGGCGCCCAUGUAGCCAGCGAGGCGGCGAGGAAGAGCAUCGUGGAGGGGAUUAUGGAGUUUGUAGAGAGGCCGGUUGGGACCGUUGCCGCCCAGGUUCAUGUCUAAAUAUAUGUAUAACAGGUAGUUGCAGAUGCUGCGCAUUCUCAUCGAUUGGCAGUUGUAAUUCUAUUUCCCACUCUC